AUGUGCGAGGUGCAGAGAUGGUACCGCGGGGAUCAACCGGGCAAUUGAUUGAACUACGAUGACUUUGACACGCAAGAUGAAAAUUCGCUUAUUUUGGCCCACGAUUGGUAUCGUUUCUGGGAUAAUGGCCGGAUUAUGCUUUGCUAUUAUUUACCACAAUUGGAGUGCGACAGUAAUGGCAUUUAUGAGUUCUAUAUCAGCCAUGAAUCUUUUGCUCAUACAUCGAAAGCAUAUCAAGGGAAUGAUAUUGAUGCUAUCAGAAAUUGCAUACUGUCUGUACUGUGUUUUGGUGGAGUCAUCGUUUGCCUUAUACUUGCUGCUAUUUGGCAUCAAAAUUUAACACGUGAAGGUUUGAUGAACGAAAACCUCUGGAUAACAGCAGUUUGGUUUUUUAUGACAUUUAAAUGGUCUACACUUUCGGUCUGGAAAGAAUUAAGAGAGAAGGAAAAGGAAGAAGAUCGGAGUAUUUGUUAA